CACCACCUGUUGAAGUUUAUCCAAGCUUCCACUACAACAUACGUUGUAUGUAAACCUACUUAUUUUGGUUGCCAAACAACAAACGCUGCUAAUGAAAUAUAUUUUCAAGUCUUGACGAGUCUAUUUUGGUUUCUCAUAUGAGGAAAUCAAUGAGAACCCGUUCAAGUUCACCUCCAAUUCAUGUGCAUGUCAAUGAUGCCACACCGAUCCAUGUGCACGUGAAGAGCCAUGGGACAAGUCCUGCCAGAACACCUCAGGGGAAGACCAAGGUAGACAGAGGAAACCUCCGUCCUACAGCCAGGGUCAAAACUCGAGUGCCAUGGAUCCCACCAGGAAAGGCUUCCAUACAGGACACUUCAUACAAGUGGGAGGGGCAUAUGCAUCGUCUUGAGAUCACACCGCCGCUCCCCAAACCAGAACCUGAACAUUCCCACUCUGCGUUGCGAUUGGCUGACCUCACAUCAGAAGAUGAGGAAAGGCUACACGAACGAAUCAAUCAGUACGAGAGGAAGAUUGAUAGCUUACUAACUGAAGUCAGCUCUUUGAAGAAUGAGGUGGCACUGCAGAAAAAGGAGCAGCUGCUGGAGCGUCGGUCGGAGCAGCUGAGUGUCUCCCAGCGGGUAAUCGCAGAGCAGGAGGAGGAGCUAGCUGAGGUGACCAAGGAGCUGGAAGAGACUGAGUGGGAGAACACACGAUUACGCCAGUCCAUGGAGAAGAUGCUGGAGGAGACCGACUACAACAGACUAGACAGGGACUGUACACAACAAGACAAAGAGGCUCUGCUCAGGAAACUGAUGGAGGCUGAGGUGGACGGAACAGCAGCUGCCAAGCAAGUCUCAGCCCUGCGAGAGUCCGUUUCCAAACUGUGCAGUGCUAGUAAGCUGUCUGGCUCUGAGUCUUCAGUCUUGGCCCGUCAGAAGGAGCUGUUGCUGCAGAAAUUGGAAACAUUUGAGGCCACAAACCGAACACUGCGGCACCUUCUCAGAGAGCAGCAUGGAUCCCAGAUGGAGUCAAUCCGACUGUCAGAGCAGAAGGACACAUUGCUCAAGAGACUGGCAGACACAGAGGCAGAAAAUGCUCAUCUUGUGGUGAAACUUCAAGAGAAAGGCAAAGAAGUCAACCAUCUCUCCAAACUUUUAGAUACUGAGAAGGACAAUGCGAAGAGCACAGCUAAUUUGUCCAAGAGUCUGGAGUCAACAAGAGCUCAUUUACAAGGACAGCUCCGCAGCAAAGAAGCUGAGAACAACCGGCUUACUGUGCAGAUAAAGAACUUAGAGGGAGCAGCCAACCAGCAGAAGGCAGAGAUGGACAAUCUGAUGGACCAGCUUAUGAGGCUGAAGCAGCAGGCCAGUGCAGACCGAGAGGCUCUGAAACGAGCCACACAAGUCCAGAAACAGCGGGCUGAGCACAGUGAGGACACUGCAGGCCAGCUGAGUGUCCAGCUGUUGGACAUGGAAAAGCGCGUGGCAGACGCGCUGUCAGCAGCUGACACCUGGCAAAGUCACCAUGCUCAAGAGGUGAAAGACAGAAGUAAACUGGAGAUUGAAGUGUCGCUGUUCAAAAGCCGUAUAGCAGAGCUGACCGAGCAGCUGCAGAGUACAGAGGAUAAAGGCAGACUGCAGAGAGAAGCCCUGCUGGACCACCUACAGGGACUCACCACAGAGAGCACUGCUGCCAAACUGGAGAACCAGUCCCUCAAGGCUACAGUGUCGGCAGUGGAGGAGAAGCUUGCAUUUUCUCAGUCAGAGCUUCAGGAGGUCAAAGUUUCCAUUAAGCAAUAUGAAAACCUGCUGGACAGCUAUAAGAUCCAGGUGGGAAAAACACGGGCCGAGGCAGAUGAGUAUGGUGCUCGGUUGGCUCAGGCGGAGCGGGAGGCCCAGGCCAUGCGGGGAAAGUUCGAGCAGGAGAUAGAGGAGGUGCGCAGGGAGCUGCUGGGGCGGCUAGCGGAGCUGGAGCCUCUUCCUGAAGCCUUACGACUGUCUGAACUCCAUUUGCAGGAGGCUCAGGACAGGGAGAUCAGCCAGGAGAGACGCAGUGUUGAGCUCAGCACAAACCUAACUGAUCUUCGCAUGAAGGUGGAGACCCAGAGCAGCCAAAUGGAGCUCUUUAGACAAAAGAACAAGGUGCUACUUGAAGAGAACAGACAACUUCAGCAGCGAGUGGAGAGUUUGGAAAGAAAGCUUGAGGAGGCUGGCAGUCAAAACAGCGACCUGCUGGUGGUCAUUGCUAAACGAGAAGACAUCAUCCACAGCAAUCAGUUCCAACUGGAACAAAAAACAAAGGAAUGUUCUUUGCUGAGCCAAAAGCUGGAGGAGGCUCUGGAUGAUGCUCGCCAACAGAUGUCGGAGACCAGAGAACGUGCUGCUACCAAAGAACGCUUCACCCAAGCCAAAAUAGUGGACUUAGAGACCCAACUCAGCAGGACCACCUCAGAAAUCAACCAACUGCGACGCAGCAAAGAGGACGUGGAGCGACGUUAUCAGAGCCGACUGCAGGAUGUAAAGGAUCGCCUGGAGCAGUCAGACAGCACCAACCGAAGCCUGCAGAACUACGUCCAGUUCCUCAAAGCGUCCUACACAAAUGUAUUUGGAGAUUUGGCCCUCAGCAGUUCUCUGUGGGCCCCCCCACCCAUCUGAUAGCCCAUCCAUCAAAAGUAUAUUAUACACACAUUCCAAAACUGUACUGUUGCUCAGGUUUGUUACUUUAAGACUUGCUAACUAGAGCUGCAGGCUGUAAGGAUGACAGUGUCAGUCAGCUGCUUUGUUGCUUGUUGCAUACCGCUUUGAACUGGUUAAAUGAAGAGCAACAGUGUCUCCAAGAAGUGGUGUAACAAAAACACUUAGGCAAACAGCUAUGCUAAGGAUCUGGAUGUUGGAUUUGACCCAGAGACACUGAGAAUCAGGAUAAGAAUCAGAACAUGUGAUUGAACAGUUUUUAUGUGAUUGAAAGAGCUAUAAUCACAUAAAAACUGUACUCAUAAGGACUUUAAAUGAAAACGGGACAAGGCAUAUAUUGGAAUAUCUUGAAAACUAGAUGGUCAUCUCCAACAUCUUUCACGUUACCCAUGCUUAUUUUACCAGAUGCUUUAAUCCACUAAAUGCAUUUCUAUCCUUAUUAUAGGUUAAACAAGAAUGUAUGUUUUGAGAAUACUAAAGAGAGGAGAUGAGAGUUAUCAAGCAUAAAGCAAAUUAUGAAAUAGACGUGUUAGAAGGAUGUGCAAUACAAAUUGUGCAAGCUUAGUGAACUGUGUGCAGUCAGGAUUUCACUGCCAAUUUCAAUACUGAAUUAUAUAUCGAAAUAAAUAUACAUCAGAAAUGCCCAUCUGGGCAUUUUUCUAUGCAAAAAUUAGUCAUGACACAAAAGCUGCUGGAGUUUGGAGAGAAAGCAGUGUUGGGUAUAGGAGGCAUUUUGUAGUCAUUGGUUUUGGUUUUCCUACAGUUUCUAUGAUUUCAUCAGUAUUUCUUGCUUGAUCUUCAAGUCCAAACAUCCAACACGAAAUAUCCUCAUCCGUAUUUCCAGUUUUUACUAAAGCUAAUGUUUUUUGUUAGUUUUGAUGGUGCCUUGUAGCAUUUCAGACUGAAUGUUUUUUUCAGAAAUGUAUCAACGGAAAUCGCAAAUUUCCUUUAUCAAGCAUGGCCAAGCCUUGCCCAGUCAGUAUGACAAAAGGUAAUAUACAGUAUCUAUGACCAGAAAAAAAAGAGUUCUACUUGUUAUUCUCCGCAUUUACCACUAUAUUCUAAAAACUAUUGAUUUAUUUAUACGAUUUUUGUAGCCAAGCCAGCCAUGACACAUUUUGUGUUUCUGUGUAGCUAUGCUCUUUGAUUGUAUGGAGCGGAAAACAUUGGUGCUAUCACUGUCCGUUGGCUGGUACAAGACAGUGUGUGUCAAACAGUGAUUUUGGGUUUACAUUCUCACAUACACUGUUGGUAGAAUCAAUAGUUGUUAAUAGACUACAUGUUUUUUCUUAACUUUCAUAGAGUGUAUUAAUAAUUUAUAUCUGCUGUGGAUAACUUUAAAGCAGCAAUAAAAUAACAAUGUUUUUUCAUCUGAAUCAAACAGACUAAAAAUUAAUGCUGCAUGUGGUGUUUUCUCAACUCUUAUUUUGUACAUGUACUGAAGUGUGUAACAGGACACAACCCAGUAACACUUUUUGGUGUUACUCCACUGACAUACAAUUAGUGACUGGAUCUUUGGUCCUGUUGACUUUUUGUAGUUAUUUGUUUGUCAUCCAAAUAAACCGUCAAUCAGAAAAUCACACUUAAAUCAUCAUUAAUGUUGCCACAUUGGCCCAUAGAAGCUGUUCUAUUAUUCAUUGUCUAUGAACAGCCUAAUCACAAUAAAAUGUUUCUUUCAUGUUCAGUUUAAGAAGACAUGUUGAAAUCCACAAAGUAAAACUGAACUGCACAAUAAAUAUGCCUCCAGGAUCCCAGCAAGCCCCUUAAACAAAUCGUUAAAUACUCUCCAACUGAUCCAGAAUGCUG